UUAGCAAUAAUGGCCAGUUGCGAUGUUCAAGCCACUCCGUCGAACGAUAAAUUGAAGAAUAUUGCCGAAUAUCCAAACGAAGCUACAGCUCCAUCUACAGUCACAGAUACAUCCUCAGAAACAGCCUCAGAUACAGCCUCAGCCAUAUCCCAAGUCGAAACUAAAACCGAAGCAGUUAAUAAUGAUAUUUUACUGCAGCCUACAAAAAUUCCGGGACCAAUACAUAUGGGCAAUGGUUUUCAUAAUCGCAAAUAUACGACCCUGAUGAAGUCACUGGAUAUCAAGAAGCAACAUAAUGAGUAUUACAGCAGCACCAGCACUCUGGUGAAUACAACUGAUGAUUCGGGCGUGCAAAUGGACUGCUCAACUGCAGAGGAUGAUAAUUCAUGUUGUGAAUUACAAAAUCUUCGGCCGAGCAGUUCAACGCCCCGGCAACGGAACAGUACCGAGACUAUUGUAUCAAUGGGGAGUCUCACGGAACUGGAAACGGCUGAGCAGCAGACGCUCCGAGUGCUGCAACUUGCUGUCGCUGAGAUGGAGGCGGAUGUGGCAUUUCAUGCGGAGAAACUUGAGGAGGAGAUUAAGCUUGAUGCUGACAAACAGUUGAAGCUUUUAGUAGAAGAAAAAGAGGAAGACCGAGAGCAAGAGCAAACUGAAUUAAAGGAUUCGUGCCAAGCAGUCGAGGAGUUUGAGAAUUUUUCAAUUGGAUCUGGCACAACCGAACGUAAGCACAUCCGAGUGGAACAACUCCUGGAGGCCGAGCACGAUAUCGAAAUGUUGCACAAGCUACUCCAAAAUAAUGACAACCAACUGGUCAAUAGAGAUGCUCCUGUUCAGCCACAGCUAUGCGAUGAUCGUUCACAGUCUGAGCUGAUCGCGGACAAUGACAACAUUGCACAAGUGGAAGAUGGCGAGACCGAGGGGUCCAGGAAGCAAGUGGGUCUCGUCUACUCCCUACUUCAUAUCAUUUGUGGCAAAGGCAUCCGCAAACUGAGCUAUCCAAUACUAUUCUGUGGCAUGGCUGUCGGUUUGCUUUUUUAUUUUCGUAAGGAUUAGGGCCUCGUAUCAUCCCCAUCAUAUAUAUAUAUAUAUAUCUAAAAAUUGUAAACGAAAUAAUGAAAACAUUGCGAAAGCGCGAACAAAAUCGAAUUCAAAUUGAGUUCUCAAAAUUACAUUUAUUUUAUCAAUAAAAUAAAUCGGCUAUACUCGUAUAAUAGCAUAUAACACUCUGGCGCUAGAAAUUUCACAACUAAACUCAACAUCUUUGGAUCAAACAACUGUUUCUACUUUACACAAAUAAUGCCCGUUAUCAAUAAUAUCAAUAAAUAAUAAAUAUGAUUGCGUCAUUGUAUCAACAAA